CGUCCAACUGCAUACAAAAUCUGGACACGGAACUGGAUAUUAACUUUAUGUAUCAAUAGAAAAGGAAGCUAUUUAUUAUUGGCACAUUAAGAUUAAGACAUAGUGUACAUGCAUAUGCACUAGUAAAUCGUUUUAGGACAGACGGAUAUCUACCACGAUAUGAUGAACCUUUUCGAUGAGCAUGCUUUUUUAUAUUUCGUUUAGUUACAAAUGUAUGCAUACAUUAUUUUAACUCCAAUAAAAUAGUAAAAUUGAGAACCUGGACCUGGUUCCAAUACCUAUGUGUAUCAAUUAAUAUGCAUGUAUACAUAUGCAUUGCUCAAGUGUUUGCCUAUUAUUUGACUGCUAGUAUGCAAAUGAAGCGAUUUAAUUAUUUUUUACGGACAAUAUACAUACGUAUAUAUAAGCAUUUAGCACAAAUUGGAUACAAUAUAAUUUCGUCUCAUUGGGAUUGUCCUAUAUAUUUAUACAAGUAUAAUUGAAGAAUGAUUUGACCAAUUUUAAGUUCCUUUUGCAAGAUAUAUGUAGAUAGUUAAUUAUAGCUACAUAUAUGCAUGUGGUUUACAUAUGUAACCAGGUGCUAAAGUUGGUUAAUAAGUAAGGUUAUAAGAGCGUGGAAAAAUGUUUUUCACGAGUUUAGAAAUGGCCAAGCCUGAUAUAUGGUGUAUAUUUUCAUAUAAUUGCAAUUUGUUCAAAAACUGGUAAUAAUCUGAGGAGAAAUAAUUGAUAUUUGAGGUACAUUGCAUGAUCCAGAAUUACGGCCAAUUGCUACAUAUUAUCUUCUAAAAUUAUUAUUGUCCAGCCACCGCUUGCUUUCUCGAUCCAAGUUGGGCGUGAGUGAGGACGAAUGUGAAAGUGAAAAUUUAUUCCGUUGUUGGACUCAAGAGGGUCAAUAAUAAUAAUGUUAGGAGAUACGUAAGUAUAUGUGCAAACACCUCAAUGCAAUAUUUGAAGUGUGCAAACAUAUAACCUCAAUCAUAAAAUAAAAUACGUGACAAUAUCGGGUUUUUGAAGAAGGAACAGGAACCAUAUUUGAAAUUUGAGGACGAAUCGAACCGUAAUAAAUUAAAUGAAUUAAAUCCUUGCAACUUGUGUUGCUUUGGAGACAUAUCUGAUCGUGUAUGUACAUACAUACUUUGAUAAUAUUUAUUUUUCAUUCCCCCUCCAAAAAAUGUCCAACCUUUGAUUCUAACAACCAGGCGUUGUCAGGGCAAGUGAAGCCUUACAUAUAUAUCUUCCCAUUUCUCAUUUUAUCUGUGGAUCAGAUUCUGUUCGAUGAAAAAGCGAUACGAGUAAAGGAAUAGAUGUAAGGGGGCCAAAUUGAUGCAUUUGUACGGACUAUGUGACAAAAAGGUCCUUCAAUUCGUUAUUAGAUUUUGAAUUCAAGAGAGAGGAAAGUGAGAAGUGGAAGUGGGGUGAUGAUCUGAUUAUUUUUGGUGAAUGUUCAUGUCUUGUUCUCUUAACAACCUAUAAACUUGCAUGAUAGGUAUCCAGGAACAAAAAAUCUCCAGUUAUUGCAAAUGGAGGAAACCACAGUGGUAACUCUAGUGUCAACAUAAGCCCACACACAAUCUUCUGAACAAGCUACUAAAGUCGUCCUAAUCUGAGCACACUUUUAAUUCUCGAAAAAAGAACGAAGUUGAGGAUUGAGGUAGGUAUUUCUGUCGGAAAUGGUGCUAAACUGUGACCUUUCCCUCAAUGAACUCUUUUCUUUUGAUGAAACAUUGAAUUUGAAUAAGAAGAUUUGGUUGAAAUUGAUUUGAACCUCCUGACAAGGUGAAAUAAGAAAGUGCUUUUUAGUCUGAGGCAGGACUUAUGGAAGUUAUGUCCGUCCGUCCACCUGUCCAUCUGCGAACAUGAUAUAGCCAACUUAAAUUUUUGACCAUAUGCAUAUUGGACAAAGUUAGCAAACGAGUUCGAAGAUGGGCGAAAUCGGUCCAGUGGUUGACCGGUGGGGUCACGUAGGUGGGUGAGGUAUUACGCACCAAAAUUUCAAAAUUGUGGUAGAAAGCUGAAAUUUGGUAAAAGUUGUUAAGGGCUUCUAAUAGAAAAAUAUGAAUUAAAAUUACUAUGUAGUGACCUAUACCGAUUUUUGAAAAUCAUCUAAUCGAGCUGAAAUUUGGAAUGGAGGUUGGUAAUUAAUUAGAUACUUCGAGCAACUAUGGUGACGUCGAAUUUCGAAAAAUUAUCAACCUCAAAUACCCGAGGGGGUGACUCACACUGAUUUUGUAAAUCGGUUGGAAAUGGUCAAAACUUGACAUCAAGGUGCAAGCGUAUUUUAGAUUUAUGAAUAUGAAGGAAAUUUUUUGGUAGCAGGGUGACCCACACUGCUCUUCCCAAUUAUUGACUAAUUAUUAGUCUAAAGAACUGAAAUUUUUCAUGCUGGAUAAAUGUCAAAUGUGGCAGUUGAUGAUGAUUAUGUAUAUUACGUCAGGUGAUAUGGCAACUUGUGCCGAGAAAACUAUAACAUAGACAUAACCUGCACCUUCGAAUUUGCAUUACAAUUUGACCCAGAAUCGGGCUAAAUGAAGUCUGCACUGUAGGUGGAUCUUUCUGCAAGGAGAAUGUGUUCCGACAAAUUCAAGAAUUUUCAAACAUCUAGAAAGAUUCUUGCUCAGCAGGACAGAUCAAAGUAAAGACACACACUUGUUGAAUUUGCGGAAGAUAUGGGAGGAAUAUGCGUGAUCCGGAAAGCUCUCAUCCAUUUUCUCUUUUCUCCUCGUACUUAGGAGGUUGCACUUCACCUUCUUUCUUCAUUCGAACUCGAAUCACGAAGACAAAGGGCACACAAUCAUACCUUUCAAUCAACAAGAUUCAGAACCCCACAUUGCCACAGGUCCAUUUUUGCGUCAAGUUUAUUUUUCUACAAAAUUUCUUAUUUUAUGAAUAAACUAUCCUAAUUUCUACUCGUACCUGAUUUUUGUGUUACCUUUCUGCUACCUGAAGACAUAAAAGAUCGUACCUGAAAUAUUGCACCUGAAAUACAUAAAUAUUGUACCUGAUUGAUUUGGACACAUAAAUGCAAUAUUUUGCUUUACAUAUAUACAUACAUAAGAUAGAAAGCGAAACCGAAAAUAUACACCACGUUGGUUUGUUUCGGGUUCGAAUGCAAAUUUGUUGAACAAUGCCGAACGUUCUCAUUACGGAAAAUAUUCGACGACAAGAAAUCCAGAGCAGUAAACGAAUGGUUUUCACCCUGCGACUGGUCUGCCUCCUUAUUUUCCACAUAAUCCUGUUAGCGGGUUUAUUCUCCUAUUUCAUCGCCGUGCUGCUAAUUCCCAUCUUUCUGUGCGAGAUGCACAUCAUGGUCGUGGCGACAAGGCAUUUGAGAAGACUUGAAACAACUGGCACAGAAAGUACAGAGGAGAUUGAGCCAAGGUGGGUUCGACCAGACCCCUCGGUCAGUUUGGACGAUUCGGAAGGUAACAGUAGCCGAGAUGCGUGGCCGUUUCAAUUGCCAGAGCGAUGCUACUGUUAUCCAUACCCUGUUGAGCAAGUGGCACCUUCUGACCCCCCCAUUUAUUCUGUAGCACUGGGAAUGCGCAACCCUGCUGACGAACGGAAUGAAGAGUUAUUGUCCUCAGAACAAUCCCCCCUUCAUACGAGGUGGCAGUCUUAAUGGAAUAAAAAGUUCAUUAAUAUGCGGUAGGACUAUGUAGUAGAAAGGGUAGAAAAUCUUUUAAUCCUUCAAUUGUAAAAAGAAAAAUGCAUGCCAAAUAUUCAAAUAUAAAAACAAUAAAAUGAAUUUUAAACGUCAACAUUUAUAAUUAAAAUUGCUAUGACUGUCAUAUAUGCAUAGGGAA